AUGACAGCAGUGGAGGAGAGCGUGCUGCAGACCUGGAAGACCAGCCUGGAUGCCUCGGACCCAGAGCUGCACUACGAGGAGGAGGAGGAGACGGAGGAGGCCGAGCUCUCUGACACCAGCAGCAUCCUCUCCGACGACUCCGUCUACCCCUGCUACGAGCCCGCGCCGGCCGCGGAUUGUGGGCACUUGCCCACCUUCUACCAGUGCUGUGCCCGGAACAACGCCAGGCUGCUGCAGGAGACGCUGGCCCUUGGAGUGAGCCGGCAGGAGGUCACACAGCUGGAUAUCAAUGGGCGGAAUGGGCUCAUGGUGGCCUGCUUCAAGGGCUUCGUGGACAUCGUGACCCUGCUGAGCAAAUGCCCCUACAUAGACAUCAAUCGCCAGGAUAAUGACGGGAACACGGCACUCAUGAUCGCCGCCCAAGCAGGACACGUCACAAUAGUUAACUAUCUCCUGAACUACUACCCCAUGCUGGAGAUCGAGAGGAGGGACGUGCGGGGCCUGACGGCGCUGAUGAAGGCAGCAGUGCAGGGGCAGAAGGAGUGCGUCACCGCACUGCUCCUGGCAGGAGCUGACCUGACAGCGGUGGAUCCUGUCCGGGGGAAGACAGCCCGGGAGUGGGCAGGUCUGACUGGGCGCUUCGAGACCAUGGUACAGAUCCGGAACAUCCUGCAGCGGCCCCGAGCUGAGCAGUUCAGUGACCAGUACCGGCCCGAGUGGCCGAUGCUGCCCGAGUUGGUGGCCAAGGCACUGGCCACUAAAUCCAGGUGCGAGAGGCUGUUGGAGAAGAUCUGCUCUACCUUCAGCAUCAACCUCCCCCAUGACCCUGAGGCGGACGGGGUGAUGGACCACAUGGUCCGGAUGACCACAUGCCUGGCCAGCCCCUUUGUGGCUACGGCCUGCCAAACCAUCUGCCCCGGGAGCCCCCCGGAGGUGGGCAAGCAGAGGCUGUCAGUGCCGGAGAUCCUCAAGGAGUACACGCCGGAUCCCGAUGCCAAGUCCGAGCCCGGCUCAUCCUCCUGCAACGGCCAGGCUGUGUCAGAGACCCGCAUCCUGGUCCCGUACCGGAGCGCCUCCGGCAUGCUGAGCUUCCUCCCCCUGCGGCUACUGCGCAGGAACAGCAUCUUCCCCGGAGGCCACGUCCCCAAAAUCAAACUGGUCAAGGCCACCUUCCCCCCGGCCUGCAAGGAGAAGCUGCCGCGGUCACGGAAGAACAAGAACACGCUGGAGCUGCCCAAGUGGAAGUUCAAGGAGCUGAAGGAGGAGAGGAAGAAAGCCGCCGAGGCAGCGGAGAAGCAGAAGGCGACGAUGACGAAAACGAAGACAAGCAAAGGGAAGAAGUCAUAGGGGAGGGGGAUGCUCCUAGCAUGGCAGCUGGCCAUGCCCGGGGGCUUUGGGGUCAGGCCCCAGGGCCGCCUCAAGGACACGCUCGCCCUGUCUGCUGUUUGGGGAGCUGCCCUGCUCCGAAAGGGCAUUUCACCAAGGGGCAGAUCAGAGACCGGCCUGUGGGCUCAGCAGUGAGAACGAG